UCCCCCUCCCACCCCCCUCUUGAAUCAUUGAGCUCGACCUUGCCCGGUCAUCUCCGGUUGACCCGCCAUGUCCUCAUCGUCGUCCUCCUCUCUCCCCGUGCCAGCGGACUGGCUGCUCCCUCUGAUGCCCUGCCCUCUGUGUGGCGACGAGGUUGUCACCGCCGUCGCUAGGACCGGCAACAACGCCGGUCAUCGUUUCUACAAGUGCAUCCGCUACGAUGCUCGUCAGUGUCGUUUCUUCGAGUUCCAGCGCACAUAUUGCAGGAGGAUGACUCAAGACCAGAUUGUUGCUGCGCAGCAUCAAGCCGGAUGGCACCCGGCUAGGCAUGGAUUCGCAGUUCAUCAUGGCAACCCGCCUGUCCAGAUGGUUCCAGCUGUCAUACAACCCUAGGUGCAGCAGCACGCCCAGCCGCAUCUUCCGCCGCAGAUCCAGGCUGCGAUGCACCAGUCGCCGCAGGCGGUCAACAAUAUGUUUGCUGAAGCCAUCAUGCCAGCUGCAUCGGCCGGGGCAGCAUCUGGUGCACAAGGACUGGCCGCAGUUGUCGUGCUCAUGGCUACUGUCAACAUCUUGCUCACCGUUGCCGUCCUGAUGGUCGUGCUUGCUAUGUACUUUGCUUAACUUAAAGUGUUGCUACUGCGUGGUAGUUAGGUUAGGCUGGACUAAUUGUAACCAAGGGUGGCUCCCUCUACCGCUAAGCCUGUUUCGCCCCUCGCCAAUCCCGUUUAAGAGAACUGUCGCUAUUAUGUUUAUUAGUAUUUUAUAUGGAACGUAGUAGUUGGUAAUGAAGAUCUUCUUAAAA